UUUUCAGCAAACGUAAAUAUCAUUUAUACGGUUAUUUUGUUUUUACCAUUCUGCUCCAUAACAAUUCUGCUCCAUAGAAACCACAGCAAACGUAUUCUUCUUCAUUCUUUGUUAUUCUGCAACGCUUCAAGAAUUAAAUAUCAGAAAAUGGAAAUAGGAAAUAAGGUUUACCUAAAUAACAUUGACCAGAUAGAUGAAAAAUCGCAUAUCAAGGUUCGGGUGCUUAAAAUUUGGAACUUUGUCAGAAAUAAUAAAGUUUGUUCCAUUGAAAUGAUCAUCAUGGAUGAGGAGGGUACACAAUACCAAGCUCGUGUCUUCAAUCAGAAUUUCUCCAGAUUUCGUCAUCUUUUAAAGGAAGAUGAAAGUUAUAUAGUUAUAAAACCCAAUAUGGCUGCUGUUACUAAUGGUUUUAGUUAUACAGAUAUUACAGAAUACAAUGUCAACAACUAUAAUAACAUCUACAUAGUUCUCAGAGUUACAGAAGAUAUGUCCAUUGUUUGUGAAUUGAAAAGUAAAAUAGAACUUAUGAGUAUUCAAUCUGUCUCCUUAAAUCAAGUUGCUUUGGAAUCCGAUGAUGUUGUACAGCCUGUUCAAAAGGAUGUGAUCUCACAAACAGACGAAAGUUUUACACCCUCAACAGUUGAUAAGUCAACCGCAACAAGUCCUUGCAAAAUAUCAGGUGAUUUGAAGUGCAACCUCCAAGAAAUUUAUGAUGUUGAUUCUGGAUAUGAUUUAAGUUCAACUAAGGCUAAAAGAAAGUCAACCGCAGAGGAAACUCCACUCUUGAUUCCAAAAAUUGAAAAGUGA